AUGGCAUUGUACAGAGCUUGGAACACACGGCUUACGCAGCGCAUUGGAUCCUUGCACACACCGAUCAUCGGUGCACCUAUGGCGAAUGCGUCGAACAGUGAGCUGGUAUCCGCCAUAUCCAAGGCGGGCAGCCUUGGCAUGCUGGGCGCUGGCUUUUACGAUGAGAACCGACUACAGACAGAAUUGCGUGGAAUCAGCGACAAACUAGGCGAAACUGCGCCGAAGGCGCGUGUGCCGAUUGGUAUUGGGUUCCUUGGCUGGGUGCUCACGGCGAGUCAUGGCAGUGCAGACCCAUGGGCGGCUCAGGAUACCAAGGCACGACGCCUGGUAGAUCUCGCCUUGCAAGCUCGACCAUGCGCUAUUCUUAUGGCUUUUGGUACACGCGCAGAUAUGAAGGCCUGGUGCAAGUACAUUCGUCAACGCGAUGCUGAGCUUGUCAAGACGGAGGAACCGCUGCAUCUCUUCGUCACGGCCAACUCUGUAGAAGAGGCGAAGCUGGUUGUGGAAGAGUGCGAUGCGGACAUUAUCGUCUUGCAGGGGAAUGGGGCAGGUGGACAUGGCUAUGGUGCAUCGCCCCACCGUGAGGUGCUAUUAAAGCAGGUGCUGGGUGCGUACGAGGCAUGGAUGACACCCAGGGGGACCAAACCCCUGAUCGUGACGGCUGGCGGCGUAGGUGAUGGGACAGAUGUGGCUGCAGAUCUGCUUCGCGGAGCAGAUGGCGUACUUCUUGGCACACGUUUCCUGCUGACGCCAGAAGCUGAUUACAAGGACGAACAAAAGCAACUCCUCUUGAAGGCCAAGGAAACUGAUACGAUCCGAAGCUAUGCUUUUGAUGAAGCACGCAACACUAUGAGCUGGCCGGAAGGCAUCGAUGGACGUGGUCUCUACAGUCCUACGGUGGCAGAGUACGAGGCUGCGGCAGCGCAAGCGCCGAAAGGCACAACGCAUGUGCCGGGCUGGCAAGAACGCCAGGCGCGCUACAAGCAAGCCAUGGCGCAGAACGAUGUGGAGCGCCUCAUUACCUGGUCAGGCACAGGCGUGGGCGCGAUGAACGAUAUCUGCCCAGCCGGCCAGCUGGUCGUACGUUUGACGCAAGAGGCGGCCCAUGCGCUAGAACGAGCAUCUUUGUACAUAGAGAAGGCAUAG